CGCACGUCACUGAGCCACGAGGCUGCCUGGCACCCUUUUGUUCGGGGCAGUAAUUAGCCUAAUUGGGGCCACCAGGACCGGACCUGUUGUCGGGAGCGGUGACGGCGCUUCCCCCGGUGCUGACCUUCAGGCCGCUUUGUGCCGGCCCGGCCGCGGGUCCCUCGGGUAAUUACGGCCUCAUUAGCGCCGCGCACCCCGGCCCCGCGCUGCACCCUCAUAAUGCGGAGCCGCAAAUGAGGGGAAAGGCCUGGCCCGUCUCCGAGCUACCGGCAACAAAGGGUGCGCGUCUCCCAGAGACCAGCCCCGCUGCUCCCGCUGGUAUUUUUGGCAAUGCUAUUGUGCCGGGGGCUGGGGGCCGGGGCGCGGGCAGCCCCUAUAAAGCCCCGGUGUAGGGUGCACAGCUCAGGGCAGCUGCGCUCCUCGGUCCUGGCAGGACAUGCCCCAGUGCCGCUCGGCCACCUGAAGACGCCGGGAAGGAUGGAGGUGCCGAACGCCAAGCUCCAGAGAGCCGCCUGCCUCCUGCUCCUGCUCCUGCUCUGCUCCCUGGCCGCCGCCCGCCAGAACCUGCCCGAGUGCUGCCGGCAGAAAACCUGCUCGUGCCGCAUCUACGACCUCCUGCACGGCAUGGGCAACCACGCCGCCGGCAUCCUCACGCUGGGCAAGAGGAAGAGCGUCCCACCGGCCUUCCAGAGCCGCCUCUACCGCCUGCUGCACGGCUCCGGCAACCACGCCGCGGGCAUCCUCACCAUGGGCAAGCGCGGGGAGCACCCCGGCACCGCCUGCCGCGACGCCUCGGGCUGCGCCGUGGGUGCUGGUGCUCAGCCAACGCCGGCGCUGAGGGGCACCGACGCCAGCCCCAGGGAAUGCCAGGGACGCGCUGGGAAGGACGUGACCAAGAGCCGGGGAGCUGCGAAGAGCUUUUACUGAGCUGGGUGGGGGGCUGCGGGGGCAGAGAGGGGAUCCCUGGGGGGCCGCACGCCCCGGCGCUCGCUCGGUGUAAAUAGCACUUUUAAAUACCUCCUUGGGGCCCUGGCCAAGCCUGCUCAGGGCGCCGCAGGCACCGCUGGCCUUUCCCAAUAAAUGGU